AUGUUGUCACUUCGUCAAUCCUUUAGACUCGCUACCCCAGUUGUCAGAUCCUCCAGAGCAUUCAAUACUUCUAGAGUUUUUCUACAAAGUAAGUCCGUUGUAAAGACUGCCCAAUCCCUAUCGGAAGUCAAUGGUCCAGAAACUUUGAUUGGUCCUGGGGCCAAGGAAGGUGAGAUCCCUACCGAUCUUGAACAAGCCACCGGUCUAGAAAGAUUGGAAUUACUCGGUAAAUUAGAAGGUAUCGAAGUUUUCGACCUAAAACCAUUGGACUCCUCAAGGAAAGGGACCAUGCAGGAUCCAAUUAUUGUCGAGUCGUAUGACGACUACCGUUACGUUGGUUGUACCGGCUCCCCUGCAGACUCGCACACAGUCAUGUGGUUGAAGCCAACGGUGAACCAAGUGGCCAGAUGCUGGGAAUGCGGUUCAGUUUACAAGUUGAAACCCGUUGGUGUUGAUACCGGUGACGGUCACCACUGA